GUUUUCUGGACAGUUGACAUUGGCAAACGGGCGUGCACAAGCUUAGGAGCCGGGGUAUGCUGAUUAAUCGUUGGAGUAAUAAGAUAAAGAUUUCAACCCAGCGAGCAAAAAGUCUGCAUUUCCCCUUCACAGCUCUGUGGACCAGGGCCCUCCUCCCUCAGCUUCUCGAAUGAGGAAGUUCAGAGCUCGGGCUUGUAGCAGCUUCCUCUCACAGCGUUCCAAGAGACAGGGGAUGAACAAGUGAAAGAGAGGACUUCGAAAGUUACGCACCAUGAAGAGAUGACAAUAUCCAGAGAGAACAACUGAGUCUACGUCGGUUUGCUGGAGUAUCGUUUUGUGGGCGGAUGCAAAACUCUUAAGCUCGAGGUCUGAGAUUUUAAAAAGUAACGACAACGACAACAAAAACAACAGGAUGCAAAGUUAUCAGCCUUGGUACCAUGGCAAUAUAACUCGAUCCAAGGCUGAGGAUCUUCUAUCCAAAGCGGCAAGAGAUGGGAGCUUCCUUAUCCGGGACAGUGAGUCCAUACAGGGAGCGUAUGCCCUCUGUGUUUUAUACCAGAACUGUGUGUACACAUACAGGAUCCUGCCCAAUGAGGACAAGAAGCUCUCUGUCCAGGCGUCUGAAGGAGUUCCUAUCAGGUUCUUCGCUAUGCUGCCUGAGCUGGUGGAGGCCUACUACAGCCCCAACAUGGGCCUGGUCACACAUCUGCAGUACUCCGUCCAGAGGGAGGAGGACGUAGAUGAGGACCCAGAGUCCAACAAUCUCCCGCCGCAGCUCCCACCCAGGAACUUCCCAGCGAAUGAUGCGAAGGACAGCGACUGCAAAUCUCCUGAACAGUCCUGCAAAUGUUUAUCAGACACCUUCCUGAUGAGACUGCAGCUUACGGACCUGUCCGCAAUACCUGAGGAGCAUCAAAUGUCCAUCCAAGAAUAUUUCAGGACCUCAAUCUUCUUAGAUGCUGAACAAGUACAGAACGGUAACCCCAACCUCCCGGGCCUCAAGAAGCUGAUCAUAUCAAUCUGCAAGACUCUGAACAGUGAAAUUUCCAAUGUUCUGCCAUCUCUGGAGGUCUUCCACAAGACACUGGACCAACAGGUCUCGCUGGGAAUUUGCCAACAUCAAAAAAAAAGUUAUGCCGAUUCGGGUCAAUCGGUGUCCUUGAGGCUUGAGCAACUGACAAAACUGCUCUACUCAAUAGAAGACAAGGCUAAAAGCUCUGUGUUUGAGUCCGUCGGAUAUGAAGGGGGCCAGCGCAAAUCUCUCAUUCCGCUCGUUACGUUCGAGGUCAAGCAAGAAUCUCUCGGUAUUCCCACGAAGAUGUUCCUGAAAGUGGACGUUGAAAGUGGCAAGCUCUACUUCAAGAAGUCAAAGGAUGGGCCCGAAGACAAAAACUUUGUGCACAAUAAAAUUCUGCAGUUGGUGAAAUCUCAGAAAAUGCCCACCAAACUUGUCAUCGUGGUGGAGACGGAGAAAGAGAAGAUUUUGCGUAAAGAGUUUGCGUUUGACGACACAAAGAAAAGGGAGGGGUUUUGCCAACUACUCCAGCAAAUGAAGAACAAGCACUCUGAGAAGCCUGAACCCGACAUGAUCUCAGUGUUUGUCGGCACCUGGAACAUGGGAAACAUGGGUCCUCCCCACAACAUCAAAUCCUGGUUUCAGUGUAAGGGCCAGGGAAAGACACCGGACGACACCGCGGACCACAUCCCGCACGAUUUCUACGUGAUCGGGACUCAGGAGGACCCUUUGGGGGAGAGGGAGUGGGCGGAGACCAUGAAAGAAGUCCUGAGGAACAUCACGCACAUCGGCUUCAAACAGGUGGCAAUUCACACUCUGUGGAACAUUCGGAUCGUGGUCCUGGCCAAGCCUGAGCACGAAAACAGGAUCUCCCACGUUUUCUCGGACAGCGUGAAGACGGGCAUCGCCAACACUCUGGGAAACAAGGGAGCCGUGGGAGUCUCCUUCAUGUUCAACGGCACAUCUUUCGGAUUUGUCAACAGUCACCUGACCUCUGGAAGUGAGAAGAAACUCAGACGCAAUCAAAACUACACCAACAUCCUGCGCUUCCUGAAUCUGGGAGACAAGAAGCUCAAUCCGUUUGACAUCACCAAUCGGUUCACUCACCUCUUCUGGCUCGGUGAUUUGAACUACCGUGUUGAAUUCCCGACGACAGAAGCUGAGUACAUGGUGACGAAGAUCAAGCAGCAGCAGUACCAGGAGCUCCUCUGUAAAGACCAGCUCAGCAUGGAGAGGAACGACGGAAAGAUCUUCUUGCAUUUUGACGAGGAGGAAAUCACGUUCGCGCCCACCUACCGCUUCGAAAGGGACACGCGGGAGAAGUAUGCCUACACAAAAGCCAAAGCCACAGGGACAAAAUACAAUUUGCCAUCAUGGUGUGAUCGUGUCCUGCGGAAGUCCUACCCUCUGGUUCAUGUUGUCUGCCAAGCAUAUGGUUGCACCAAUGACAUCAUGACGAGUGACCACUCGCCUGUAUUUGCAACAUUUGAAGUCGGAGUCGCCUCACAGUUUGUCUCCAAGCAAGAUCCAAACAGUGCACCUCAGGGGGGAAUACAAAUCAUGAACUGUGUGGCCAUGUUGUUGACAAAGUCCAAGACCAAGUUCUUCAUCGAAUAUCACUCCAGCUGCUUGGAGAAAACUGUGAAGACUUCCGAGGGAGAGAACACCGAGUACUCACACGGGUCCAUCAAAGUUUGGUUCGGCAACCAAGUUGUGCUCACCCCCAUCAUCUCUGACCCAGAGUACCUUUUGGACCAGCACAUCCUCAUGUGUGUGAAGUCGACGGACAGUGAUGAGUCGUACGGUGAGGGUUGCGUCGCGCUGCGAGCCGCCCAGCUCUGCUACACAGAGUUUCAAGUCACACUGACUCACCACGGAGAGAAGACGGGCACCUUGACCGGCGGCAUCCAGUUACAGACCUCUGAGGGCAAGCCCACCGAGAAGUUGUAUGAUUUCAUCAAAAUCGAAAGGGAUGACCCGGUUACCUCAAAAUGCAAAGGCGGUGACCUCAGCAAGAAUUCCAUCACCCAAGCUCACGAUAUUACUAACCCCAAUUACAUGGGAGUGACCUACAAAAGUGGGAAACUGAUGGAUAAAGGCUGGAGUUACAGCAUGCCGCCAAAAACCCUCGCCAUCGCCGGGCAAGGAAGUAAAGAGCCCAAGAAGGGGGGUUUCGAUGUGGGCGCACGCAGUCCCACGGGAAAACCUUUGGAUGAGGAUGAAAGGAAGUCCGAGAUGUUUGACAACCCGCUGUACGGUUCGACGGGAAAAUCCCGUGGUCUGAGCAAAGAGCAAGACCUGCAGCAGAAAGACCACCUCGCACCCCCAGACCCAUUGUUGGCAGCAGAUGGAGACGCCGAGCGCCCCCCGGUGCCCACCCCUCGCAACCGCUCCUUCACCUGCUCUGAGAACAGACCUCAGCCUCCGGUCCCCGGCGCCUCUCAUUCCUUGGCUCAGAAGAAACCAGUGGUGCCUUCACGCUCAGAGGGAGGCAUGGCACAAGGCCGGCCUCCUCUGCCAGCUAAGUUACGACCGGGCAUGCCGGACCCUCAGGCCCCCAAACCCAGAGACUACAGAGACAACUCCGAAUACCUCGGCAAACUCAAACCGGCGCCGAGACCCAGCCAGUCGCAGCCUCACAAAGAUGUACAUCCCGAAGUUCCCAAGAUGGGCCGGUCUGUGAAGUGAGGUCAGGCCACAGCGCUGGUCCUCACUGACUCUGCAGCUUUCUGCCCUGUGUGUAUGGAAAGAUAAAACACACAAAGGAAAGUCUUCAGCCAAAUCACUCCCAUCGCUGUGUGUGUGUGUGUGUGUGUGUGUGUGUGAGUGUGUGUGUGUGUGUGUGUGUGUCACUGAUGUGUGGCUUAGUCAUUUGUCGACACUUUGGGGAAUACUCUCUUCUUUCUUUUUUUGCUGAGAUUUAGACGAGAAGAUUGAUUCCAGUCUCCUGUUUUUCUUUUCAAUAUGAAGCUGCGGCCAGCGCUCGGUUAGCUUAGCUUAGCAUGAAGGUUGGAGAACGGGGGAAGACAGACACAUUUGGACAGAGCCAGCCUUUUCCACCUGUUUUAAGUCUUUAUGCUAAGCUAAGCCAAAACGGCUAGCAGCCGUAGUUCCUUAUAUAACUGCCAGAUACUGUGUGAGGUAUCAUUCUUCUCAUCUAAGCUUUGGCAGGAUGGUGAAUGAAACUACUUCACACAGUGUGGAACUAUUCGGGAGAUAUUACCCAUUUUUCAGACUCAAUUUCUAGCCAGCUCGCAUUAAAAACAUGGCUGGACUUUGCUACUAAAUAAUUCAGUUUUACACUAUACGGUAGCCAACGAAUGUUUACUGCACAGUAUUAUCUUGCACAGAUGGUGACGUGUGCCUUGAAAAUGUAUAAAACAUGCUCCAAUAAAUUUAAAUAUUAAAGCUUAAAAAUA